AAACAUUUCGUGAUGGACCGUCGCAAACAAUUUUGCGAGGUUGUCAAUCGGGUAGCGGCUGUAAAGGCAGUCUUGGAUGAGUCGAAACUUCGGUCGCGUGUUGCGAGGAGUCAGAAGGUGGGGAACUAGGUCACUGCCAACCUCGGCCCGUCGCGGUUACCCGAAGCUCACCUACAACAAUAUGAGAAGCGCAUGAACUACAUUUGUCACCUCCCAUCACACACCCGGACGACCAAAUUUGAGACGACCUGACAAUAUGGCACCCAAGAACGAUAUUCCAGCGUAUGUGCUCGGUGUUGGCAUGACCAAGUUCAUCAAGCCGCGCCAGCAGCGUGCUUACCCGGAGAUGGGAUACGAAGCUGGAGUCAAGGCAAUGCUAGAUGCCCAGAUCAAUUAUGAUGACGUGGAAACUGGGGUGGCGUGCUACUGUUACGGCGAUACUACAAGCGGACAGAGAAUAUUUUACCAGUUUGGCAUGAGCACCAUCCCCAUCUACAACACAAACAACGCCUGCGCUACAGGCUCCACCGGUCUACAUCUUGCUCGUACCCUAAUCAAGAAUGGUGCUAUCGACUGCGCCCUAGUUGUAGGUUUUGAGCAAAUGCAACCUGGGUCUAUCAAGUCAGCUUGGAGUGAUCGCCCUUCACCCAUGGGUCUCUCAAUGCGAAUGAUGGCCGACACACGAGGUAUUGACAAGGCGCCGCCUAACGCUCAGUACUUCGCCAAUGCUGGAAAGGAGUAUAUGGAGAAAUACGGUGCCGAAGCGCGUGACUUCGCCGAGAUCGCCAGAAUAUCACAUCUCCACAGCCAGAACAACCCGUACGCCCAGUUUAGGGACGUGUACACAUUGGAGCAGAUCGAGAAGUCGCCCAUGAUCCACUAUCCGCUUACUAAGCUGCAGUGCAGUCCAACAAGCGAUGGCGCAGGCGCUGCCGUCAUCGUCAGCCAGAAGUUCUUAGACGCACGGCCACAUUUGAAGAACCAGGCCAUUUUGAUGGCAGGCCAAAGUCUGCUCACAGACUCCCCCGAACUCUUUUCAAAAUCGUCGAUCGACCUUGUUGGCUACGACAUGACCAAGCGUGCUGCUCAAGCAGCCUUCAAGGAAGCCGGGAUUAGGCCAGGAGACGUCAAGGUUACCGAACUGCACGACUGCUUCUCUGCGAAUGAGUUGAUUCUCCUGGAAGGUUUGGGUUUCAGCGAGCCUGGAAAAGCACACAUGAUGGUGCGCAAUGGCGACAUCACUUACGGCGGCAAAGGACCAGUCGUGAACCCUUCUGGCGGUCUCAUAAGCAAAGGGCACCCGCUUGGUGCAACUGGUCUUGCGCAGUGCGCAGAAUUGGUCUGGCAGCUUCGCGGCUGGGCUAACAACCGAUUAGCCGACUUUCCGGAUGUUGCUCUGCAACACAACUUGGGUCUCGGCGGAGCUGUCGUCAUUACUGUGUACAAGCGUGCUGAUGGAAAGAAGGCUGUUAAGAUGAGCGAUGAGGAAGUGAAGAAGGCCAGUCAGUUCGACUACAACCCAGCUGUGGAAGCUCGUUAUGUAACAAAGGAGGACGGAGACAAAGUAAGGUCCAAGACGGUCCGAAGUGACUACGCUUUGGGCGACACUCUCGAGAAGAUCCAGAGCCGGUUGUAGAUUAGACCGUCAUUUGACAAUAUCUGUAUGAUUGAAUGAUGAACUGCUUCUACUUGCCA